AUGAGCGCAACACCGAGACAGCGGACUGGUGGUUUCCCACAAACACCAGCGACCGCGGCCCCAGGCAGAUCCCGACGUCAAGAUCCCGAUCCAAACUCAUCGCUAUCCUCGCAAAAGUCCACGCGGACAUCAUCGUCAUCCCUCCCCUUGGCUCCCGAGAAUGCCUCGAGAGGCGCCCCUCCAUCGGAACCCGUCAUUCCCCUGACAAUCCUCGAUGCACCACAACAACGCACCUACGCUUGUGCGAUAUACAUUGGCCUUUUGGCAUGGAGGUUCUACGACUGGAUCAAGCUGGUUGAGGACAACGACACUUCGGCCUGGCUGUUUUUGAAAUGGGUCUUCAUCGACUUCGGAUUUCUCUUCGGCCUGCCUGAAAUGAGGAUACCAUGGCUGGAGCUUUCGCAACCUGUUGUCAUGGCUAUUUUCCUCUUCCAUGCCUUCUUCAACUUCAUGUUGAUGUUCAACGUUCCCAUUCCACUGCAGCCAUGGCUCGUUGGCUUCAUGAAGGUUUUCUACGAUCGGGAAGUGGCCGUAUCCGAACACACCGUCAAAGUCUCGAGCAUCUUGCACAACCAUUCGUUGAUCAUGGGAAGGCAGAUCAUCAAUAUCCUCCCAGAAGGGUCAGCCGUACUCAACUUUGAGCAAAUUCCUUUCUGCAUCGGUGAGGAUCACGACACGGUCAAGCUGCCCAUCCAAUUUAAUUCGACCAUUCCCGCCGAAAUGGAGCUCAUUCGCAUCGACCUUGACACCAAUCAGGAGGAAACGAUGAGGUUGUCUAGCCGGGAGGUCAAGAAGAUUGCGAAGCAGAUCAAGGACCAGACGGUGGAUUCCAACCCUGUCGCUGUUGCCAUCGAGUACUCGGUUAAGAAAACGGGUGUCUACCGUCUUGGCAAGGUACUGGACGAGUACAAGCUUGAGGUUCAGCGCGCUACGAAGGAUACCUACGUUGUCCCCUGCCCGAAAGCUGCAUUCCGCACUCCCGAUGAUGCAGGCCGAUGUAUCAGGGACUUGUCGGAUCUUUUCAUUGACGUCACCGGAACACCGCCGUUGAAGAUUCAGUACAGUCGCAGGAUCAACGGUAACGACCGCAGCUUUCACUUUCAGAGCCUGCAGCCGGAUGACUACAUGUCGCCCUUACUCGGUUCGCCCUCUUCACAGCUGACCCGCGGGAACGACGAUGAUACUUCUUGGGUGAAGCCUCAAUCCGUGGCUGUGCGACUCAACGAAACUCUGGAUUCCGCAGGAGAUUGGCAGUAUGCCGUGGAUGAGGUUCAUGAUGGUUUUGGCAAUGUCCAGAAAUAUGUUCAGAGUCCCGAGGAGGCUGACGUGCGUCCCCGGCCUAAGCACCUCGUGCGCAACUUCUUGGUCAAGCAGCGCCCCAAGGCUAGUCUGCGAGGAUGCGACUUGCGGAAUCCCAUCAAAGUAGCAAAGGACCAUCGGGCCAAGCUGCCAAUUAACUUCUCGAUACCGGAAAAGUCGUCCCCGGACACUUCCCACACUUUGACCUGGGAGUUUUCGCCAGUCGAUUCUCUGACGAACAGCGGAGAUCAUGGAAGCAAGGUUUCCAUCGGUUCCUACGCCGCCAAGAAUUCCCAUGACAAGCCAUCAGUCUUGGAGCCUGGUCUCUACACGCUCAAGUCAGUGGUUAGCGGAUCGUGCGAGGGGGAGAUCCAAGAGCCCUCCUCAUGUCUGUUGCUCAACCCUCUCGAGCCCCAGCUAUCCUUGCGGGCGGAGGAGAUCCCCGACAAAUGCGCCGGCAACUCCGUUGGACUUCGUGUGGACUUGGAUCUUAUCGGGACCCCGCCCUUCCAAGUCCGGUACGACGUUGUUGAUCAGAAUGGCAACGUCAGAAGAGAGCGUGUCGAUGUCAGCGGACUCAGACAGCAAAUCGAGCUGAGGCCGACGGCUGCAGGCCAUCACAAGUACAUCUUCAAGCAGAUUGACGAUGCCAUCUACAAGGGGCAACCCUUGAGCGGACCUAACAUGGUACUGGAGACGGAUGUGAAGCCUGCCGCUUCCGCAAUAAUUCAACAUUCUACGGGAACUAUCAGCGCCUGUCUUGAGGAGCAGGUCGAGGUCGAUAUCUUGCUCCUGGGAGACGCUCCCUUCUCUUUGGAGUGGGAAGUUGUUCACGAUGGCAAGCGCAAAUCCGAGCGCGUCACCGAUAUCCAGGACAACAACUACAGAAUCAAGACCAAACCCCUGGCCAAGGGUGGCGAAUACACUCUUGCUCUCAAUAGCGUCCAGGAUAAAUCUGGCUGCCGGACGUUCCUCAAGGAUGAGCUUAAGGUCUCUGUCCGACGGCAACGGCCCAGAGCAGCAUUCGGCCUGGUUGAAAACAAGCGAAACAUUAUGGCGGUCGAGAACACCAAGGUUGAUCUGCCACUUCGUCUUCAGGGCGACGGUCCUUGGACUGUAUCGUACCGCAAUGUUGAAGCCGGUGAUGUUAUUCUCAAGAAGACGGCGGGGAACGCCAAUGAGAUCCUUACUGUCAAGUCCCGCGGCACCUACGAAAUCAUUGAUGUCGCCGACAGCUGUCCUGGCAUUGUCGACCCCCAGGCAUCCCAGUUCAAGGUUGACUGGUAUCCUCGCCCUGAGAUCAAGCUAGUCCAGACUGAUACCAUAACUUCGGAUGCAGCUGCAUUUGUGAAGCGUGAUGUGUGUGAAGGUGAUAUCGAUUCGUUCGAGGUCAGCCUCAAGGGUUCGGCCCCUUUCCGUGUCGAAUACGAUCUUCGCCACAAGCCCUUCCCGGGAACUGGUUCUGGUAAGAAUUCUGGAUCCAGCAUCCGGAAGGAAUUCGAUACCGCUCUCAAUAAGGCAUCCAUUGGCAUGGAUACCUCGAAGCCUGGAGAAUAUGCGUACAAGUUCUCCGCGUUAGCAGAUAAUCUCUACAACAGCGACAGAAACUUCAGCCCUCUCACCCUCAACCAGCGGGUUAACGCCAAGCCGUCCGCCUCCUUCGUGAAGCCUGGCCAGUCGUUCAAGUAUUGCAAAACGGAGCAAGAGAGCGAGGACACCAUCCCCAUUACGCUAAAUGGUGUCGCUCCUUUUUACGUGGAAAUUGAGAUUAAGCAUCACAGCGGCACUGUCCCUGAGACGUACAGAAUCCCGUCCAUCCAGUCUAACUCUUACGGCAUUCACAUACCCAGACACCACUUGCGCCUCGGAAUUCAACAUGUCCGCAUUCGCGAGGUUAGAGAUGCUCGUGGCUGCCAGAAGAAAUAUGAGAUCGGAGCGCCGACCGUGCAAGUCCACCUUUAUGACGCGCCCGCAAUCUAUCCCCUGGAGAGCCGAGAGGACUACUGCGUCGGCGAACGUAUCGCUUACACGCUCUCCGGCACGCCUCCCUUCGAGAUCUGGUAUGAUUUCCAGGGGCACCAACGCAAGGCCAAAUCGGGCACAACCAACUUCCGCCGUAUCGCCGAAUCUCCUGGCGACUUCACCAUCACCUCCAUCUCUGACAAGGCAUCAGAGUGUCGUGCCUCUGUUGACAUUACUAAGAAGAUUCACCCACUCCCCGCCGUCAAAAUUAGCAGGGGCAGACAGACUCGCGUGGAUAUCCAUGAAGGCAACGAGGUCGAGAUCCUUUUCGAGUUCUGGGGCACGCCGCCGUACGAGUUUACGUACACUCGAAGCUCCAACGCCAAGAAGGGCCAGAAGAGCGUGGUGCUUGAGACCCGACACGACGUUUCGUACGAGAGCAGCAAGAUCAUCCGUGCAAGCCAAGAAGGAACGUACGAGGUGGUCGCCAUUAAGGACAAGUUCUGCGCCUUCUCUACCCAGCAGGUCGCAGACAGCAGCCGGGACCAGAAGCUCCUGCAGUAG